AUGCCGGGCAUAUGUUUCCGGGUCUUGAUUAUGAGGAGACGUUGGCAUAAGCGUAAGCCACGGACAUGCUCCGCAAAACGCCCACACACGCACACGCGAUUCGGUCGUUGGCCUUUGCACACCACACAUCUAGAAUGUAUAUUUAACUCACAAUCAGAUACCUGUAACGACAGAGUAACGUUCAAGGCGCACAGGUUAAUCCUCGCGGCAUGUAGCAAGCACUUUCAAGAGCUGUUCGAAGGAAUGCCUGCUUCACCCGCCGGUCUGAUCGUUAUUCUCGACGGAACGAGUGCCCACAAUAUGGCGUCCCUUCUCGAAUUCAUGUACCGUGGAGAGGUACACGUGUCCCAGGAAUCCCUGAGCUCUUUCCUCAAAGCAGCCGAAUGCCUUCAAGUAAAGGGCCUGUCCAUCGAGCACGAGAAGCUGGCGGUAGCGCAGAGGCACGCUACAGAGAACAAUAACUCGUCGACGGACGUCGGGGGUGCCGGUGGUAGUAGCAAUGGCGCUGGUAGCAGCGAUAACGGUGACACCGGAAUCGGGAAUGCGAGCGGAAACGUCGAUGGUAGCGGUAACGCAGCCGGCAAUGCCGUUGGCGGCGGUGUCGGCGAUGUCAGCGACAUGGGCGAAGCGGGUGAAGCAACCAUGGUGAGAAACAUGAUGAAAAGAACCCCCACACCGGCACCGUCGCCCGCCCCUGCCUACACCGUGCCCAGUCUCUACCCUCACUAUUACGAAAGCCCGCCGAAAAGGCUGAUGAGAUCGCCCAGCGACGUCGAUACCUUGGGAAGGGCGAGCGUGUUGCGCGAUGGCACUGCCUUCCGGCCCGCAUCAGCGCCACAUCCGCUUCUGGAGAACCACUUUUACCAGCCGUUCAUCUACCCUUCAGAAACGCCCGCACAUCCUCACACCGCACCGCACACACCGACAGAAUUGGAACAGGAAUUAGAACGAGCGAGGUCCGAGGAACGUAGCAAUUGCGAUCUCAAGGAAAGCGUAGCCGAAGAUCUUCGAAUAAAGCAAGAACCAGUGGCGAUGACCGAUCGGGAAAGGGCAGACAAAUUGGCAGAAAGAUUGUCAGGCGAAGUUUAUUCCGGGGGGAGGGGAUUCGAUGGUGGCCAUUACGGCUCAAACUCGAACCACAUUCAACACGGAGCGCAAGUUGGCCAUGCCAUAGUGCCGCUGCCACCCGCUCAUCCUCCAACUCCUGAUCUCAGUCCCGCACCCACCACACCCGCUAUGUGGAAUACGAAACUUAACAAGGCUGGCACUGUCUCCACUCCCGAUGUAGCUUGGCCAGCGAUAUUUUUUACCUCGGAGGUGGUUCUUCGUUGGACGGCGAGGUCUAACGCGCAAAAAGAGAGCAAUGACAGGCGCCAACGACGACGAGAACCGCCGUUAGGCAGGAUUUAUCGUAUGCUGAUGGACGCCCAGCCGGCUGACGGAACAUGUUCUACCUUAGAACCGGGACCGGUUGGCCUCUCUCGCCUUCACGGUGUGAACAAAGUGUACAAAGAGGAUGCAGGCGACGGUGCAGCCACUGGGAACAUCUUUUGCUCCGGCGAGCAAAUCACCAGGCGUAUGACGCCACGACACGAUAGAGUCGUGUAG